GCGGAGCUCUCGGGGCUUCCGCUGCCCCACACUGGCGUCCUGGUCGUUUAGAAGGGGUGAUCCUCUGGCUUGGCUUCAUUUCAGGCGUCACUAAGAUGCGGUCGCCCUUGGAAGUGGCAGCCAACUUAAAAAAAAAGGUCGCACAGCCCAUUCCACUUCUUUUAAAAGUCUGGUAAAUUAGCAAAAUUUUCACAGUAUGCCAAGGAGUCCAGUGGACAGAUGAUUCACACGUGCUUUGAUAAAGUGUACUAGAAAAUCCCGGGUACUGAGUAAGGGAAGUGUUGACGCCCAGGAACAUGAAAAUUAUGCUGAAACCACGAUCUUGCCGUUUAUAUUUCUUCUGCUGUCUGGUACUGGGUUCCUUCAUCUCUUCUUCAGCAGAACACACAGAUGAGAAUCAUCAACGAACUGGGCGUUUCGAUAGGAACAUGGUGCAAGACAAGGAUCACAUCCUGGAAGAUUUAGAUGGCAUAAUUGAUAAACCAGAAUCUGAGAUGUCACCACAAGAACUGCAGCUUCAUUACUUCAAAAUGCAUGAUUACGAUGGCAACAAUUUGCUUGAUGGGCUGGAACUUGCCACUGCCAUAUCACAUGUCCAUAAAGAGGAUGGUAGUGAGCACACCCAGGCCAUGAAAGAAGAGGAGCUCAUUAACUUAAUAGAUGACGUCCUGCGAGAUGAUGAUAAGAAUAAUGAUGGCUACAUCGACUAUGCCGAAUUUGCAAAGUCACUGGAAUAAAGACGAAACAAAAUUUUCAAAAUCAUUCUUGUUUGUGUGACCCAGUACAAUGUGAUUCUUGACUGCCUCUCUGUCAUACGUUCCGCUGUUUGGACUGCAAAAUGAACUGUAGGAAAAUGUGUCAACUGUUUAUAUCUUAUAUGUUUAGGAGUGAAGCUUGUGGGAUCCAUUUGAUAGCUUAACACGGUUGAGCAAUAAGAUACACUGUCCAAGUUAGCUAAUCAUUUGGCAGUGUUGACGUAAAGACUUAGUUCUAAAGACUAUGGUCUUGAAACCAGUUAUCUCCUGAAAACUUUUCAAGGGAGUUCCCUAAGCACUGGAAAAGCUCACAGCUAAUCCCUACUUCUGAACCAUUCUUUAGUAUGAAUCCUUCAAAACAAGCAACUGCAGUGCUCUGAUCAAGAACUUUGAUCUCCCUUUCUGUCUCGUAGAAACUAGUUUGAGUGCUGAAGUCUGACCCUAACUACGUUACAAUUCCCAAUUGAAUUCAUGUUUCUUGUGAGUUCCACUGCAAAAAAAUGGGAUGUGCCCAUACCCUAGGGAAAGUUUAAACCUUUUCAAAGCCCAUGCCUUUCAGUGGAGAGGUUAAGGGCAUGCCUGUAUCUCUUCCCUUAAAAUGAAUACGAAUGUUAAAAAGUGCUCAGAUUUGGGCUGGAUUGUGCUCUAUGGGUUGGAUCCUGUAUGAGAGUCCACAAAAGGAGUUGACAAAGUAGAUCUUUUCCCAGCCUUCCCUAAGCACCCUGCCAUGUGUUCCAAAACUCCUCCUUAAGGGUUGGGAGAGCCAUGCAAGUGAACUGUGAAUUUUGGGGACAAGAAGGUGAGGAAAUAUCUUCUCUGCCACCUCCUUCUCUAAACUCUUCUCCUGGAUUCUGCUCUGUGUCUUUAAAUGAAGGGUUGCAGUGUAGCCAUGCGCCUAUACUUCAGGUGUCAUUCUUUUACUGUGUGCGUUGCCUUGCCCCAAAUCCACUUUAUAGAAGAACUGGUUUUACAAAAUAAAAUAUAUAUGUUGCAGACCUCUGCUCUAUGUCAUUAAUCCAGUAUUUUGUUUGGGAGUUCAUGUUUUCAGAAAGUGUAGGUUAAAUACAGCUGUUUGGUGUGGUCCACGACCAAGAACUGUUCCUGUGCUGAAUCAGCUGAAUGUUACAAUCUCAGCAAAACGCUGCCUUGUUAGGGUUCCCACCGGUGUACCUUGACGUGAAUUUCUGAUGUUAGUUUUACAGGAAAAAAAAAUACAAAGUAUUUUCACAGCUAACUCUUUGAAAGAGAGUCUUUAACUACUUGAAUGGUCUGCUUACUGAAAAUGAUCACGGAAGUCGCUGAUGCUUCUGGUUCUGCAUUUCUUUGACAGCUCUGUGUGGUUCUAAAGAGAGAGGGCACUAUCUUGAUGUUUGACCUACUGUAUAAAAUGGAUCUAAGAAGCAUUGCGGUUUAUUCUAGAACAUUCAGAAAGAAACAAAAACCAAACUGUUCUCUGUAAAAUUGUAUAAAGGACUAUUUUCUGUAUAAAAAUAUUCUUAUAUGAAGUGCAUUUGUAAAAAAAAAUUGUUUCCUUUUGUUAAUUGUGUAACAAAAGCUACUUGUACUAUGUUCUUGUAACAUCUGACUUAUUAGACACAUUUGUAUAAUGGUUGAUGCUAAAUACAAAAGCAAUAAAAUUCAAAGUGCUGCAA